CAAGCACUGUGCUCAAGCAAUCCAAUACAACAAAGUUUUUAAAUUAUAAAACCAGUAACCACACUCUCAAGAUGCAUAGAACGUUGGGCUCUUUGGUAGCUGAAGUUGCAGGGAAGAUGAAAGCAAUGUGGUUAUGUCCAAAGGUUUCGGGUUUUGAUCCUUCUGAAAGAUGGGGUCACUCUGCUUGCUUCUUCAGUGGCCUUAUGUAUGUCUUUGGGGGCUGUUGUGGAGGGAUGCAUUUCAGUGAUGUUCUCACUUUGGACCUUGAUAAAAUGGUUUGGAGGAAGGUGGCAACCACAGGCGAAAAUCCAGGUCCUAGGGACAGCCAUAGUGCUGUUAUUGUAGGCCAUAAGAUGAUAGUGUUUGGUGGCAGCAAUGGAUUCAAGAAGGUGAAUCAUAUUCAUAUUCUUGAUCUUGUUACCAAAGUUUGGGUUAGUCCUGAAUGCAAAGGGACACCUCCUUCGCCCCGGGAGAGCCACACGGCCGUGCUCGUUGGCGGUUAUAGACUAGUGAUCUUUGGUGGUAGUGGGGAAGGCAGAGCAAACUAUUUGAAUGAUUUGCACAUUCUUGAACUAGGAACCAUGAGAUGGACUUGCCCUGAGUUGAAAGGUGAAUUUCCUGUCCCUAGGGACAGUCAUAGUACCAUUGCCAUUGGGAACAAGCUUAUUGUAUAUGGUGGAGAUUCAGGUUAUCAGUACCAUGGAAACAUUGAUAUUCUUGAUAUGGAAACAAUGACUUGGUCUAAAUUGAGAAUUCAAGGUUCUUCACCUGGAGUCAGGGCAGGUCAUGCUGCAGUAAACAUUGGAACCAAGGUCUAUAUCAUUGGAGGGGUUGGAGAAAAACGUUACUAUAAUGACAUUUGGAUCUUUGAUAUAUGCACUUGUUCAUGGACUCAACUCUAUAUAACUGGUCAAAAACCACAAGGGCGAUUUUCUCAUACUGCUGUUGUUAUAGACAUGGAUAUUGUCAUCUAUGGGGGGUGUGGUGAAGAUGAAAAUCCUCUCAAUGAAUUGUUAGUUUUGCAGCAUGAAGCAGAGCCAAAUCCACGUUACAACGCGAAAACUAUGCUGAUGGGGUCUAAUGUGAAAGAAGGAGGAGCUUAUGACUUUGAUUCAGGUACUUCACAACAGAAGAGGAGGAGAGUUUCUACUACGAAGGUUUGGGAUGUUGAUUCUGAACAAGAAGAACACUCUCUUUCACUAUCACAGCAUUCAUCACCAUCUCAAUCUGAUCAAGAACAGACUCUUGGUCAAAGAUCAAAUGCUUCUGUCACCGAUUCGCAGCAGCGUCUUCUGUUCAAACAGAUGAAUCAAACCCCAACCAGUUGUCAAUACAACAAUAACUUGAGUAACAAGAAAUCUAUGAAGGAUGUCACUCAGGGAAAUCCACAAAAUCUUCAUUCUCUAGUUCAUCAGCCAAAGCAAGAACAGUGCCACCUGAUUGGUGCUGAAGUUCGAGGUAAAAUAGAUGGAGCCUUUGACUCAGGGUUACUCAUGACUGCAUCCGUGAAUGGAGAGAUUUUCAGAGGGGUCUUAUUUGCUCCGAUGCAGCAGGCAGUAAAGGUUGUUGAAACAAAUUGCUCUCUAACUACUCAAACUCAACCACCAUUUGUGAACUCCAACUCAGAUCAUUCCCCACAAAUCAGGCGAGGCGCUCGGUCGUCGAUACUAUUCAAGGAGCAUAGAGCAAGUCAGAGUGAUCUUGAAGGGUUGCUUUUGACACUUGGAGGACCUGCUAGCGCAAAUAAUCCUGAGGAGGUAGAUUAUUUAGGAAGCAAAUAAAUAAGCUUUGAUUUGUGUGUUUUUUAUUUGCAUCAGUUGUCAGUAUAAUCUGUUUCCCACUUAACCAGACUGUGAUGCUUAUGAAUAAGAUAGUUAAGGAGGAUUAUUAUUGUACA